GUCCUGUCUGGGUUUCCCUGCAUCUGCUCUCGUCCUACCUCUGGGGUGAUAUGUACAAAAGGCAGACAUUGGAGUCACACAGCCCACUUUGAAUCCUGUCCCUGUGCUUAUGCGCCUUGACUCUGAACGUAUGUCUUAACCCCACUGAGCCUUAGUUUCCAAGUUUGUUGAAAUGGGAAGUAUACCAUUCAUCUUCCAAGCUUCUGAGGACUGAAGGAACUAAUUUUUGCCAAAAUGCCCAACAUAGUGCCUGACACUUAGAUGCUGGAUAAAUAUUCUUUCCCUUAGCCACCCACCACAUAGUGGCUGGUCCUACUAGCCUGUGGUCUUGGGGAGGGCUCCUGGUCUGUGACUGGGCAGUCAUGCUGACUGAAUCUGGUCUAGACUGGACUGUAGUGAUUAUUAAAGUAUCAAAAUCCUAGGAACAAAUGAAGUCUGAAACCCUGAUAUGUAAAACAGAUAAAAGCCAGCUCCUCUGGACUUGUCCCUGAUCUCUGAGCACCUCUCUAGGCAUCCAGGGUCCCAGUUGGUGAAUGGAUUAGACCAGAACUCAUGUUUUCUGGCUCCUAAGUGGGUUCUUCUUCCACCUCCCAUUUCUGUAUUCCAACCCAUCGAGGGAGACCUGUCCCUGACCCUGACAUUAGGAAUUUAAGCUCUGUUGCCUGAAUGAUGGGUUCUUGACAAGAACAUGCCUGAGCAAGCCCCUUUCCCUCCCCUCCCUUCCUUUGCUGCAUGCCUGUUUCCAGGGAAGUGUUUCUGGACUUGUUGGCUUUUCCCAAGAUCCCUACUGCUUCUUCCCCGCCGGCCCCAGCCAUGGCUGCAAUCCGAAAGAAGCUGGUGAUUGUGGGGGAUGGUGCCUGUGGUAAGACCUGCCUCCUCAUCGUCUUCAGCAAGGAUCAGUUCCCAGAGGUCUACGUCCCUACCGUCUUUGAAAACUACAUUGCAGACAUUGAAGUGGAUGGCAAGCAGGUGGAGCUGGCUCUGUGGGACACAGCCGGGCAGGAGGACUACGAUCGCCUGCGGCCUCUCUCCUACCCAGAUACUGAUGUUAUCCUCAUGUGCUUCUCCAUUGACAGCCCCGACAGCCUGGAAAACAUUCCUGAGAAGUGGACCCCAGAGGUGAAGCACUUCUGUCCCAACGUGCCCAUCAUCCUAGUGGGGAAUAAAAAGGACCUGAGGCAAGAUGAGCAUACCAGGAGAGAACUGGCCAAGAUGAAACAGGAGCCUGUUCGGUCUGAGGAAGGCCGGGAUAUGGCCAAUCGGAUCAGUGCCUUUGGCUACCUCGAGUGCUCAGCCAAGACAAAGGAGGGUGUGCGGGAGGUAUUCGAGAUGGCCACUCGUGCCGGCCUCCAGGUCCGCAAAAAUAAGCGUCGGAGGGGCUGUCCCAUUCUCUGAGAUCCCCAAAGCCUCCCUCCUCACCCCCUCCCCUCACAGGGAUGUAGAAACUGUCCCCCUCCCAGCUCCACCCUCAUAGGACUCCAUGCUGAAGGUGCCCUUUUUCAGUUCCUUCCAGCCCGGGACUGCAUUGAGCUUCCCCAGCCCUAGUGGUGUGGUGGUAGGCCCCCCUCCCAGUCCUCUGGGAACCUAGGCCGGUAUCCUGCCCUUCCAGAGUCCCCGCUGCCUUAGGGUGGGGCUCCUGUUCCCUUUGGGCUUCCCCAGAGGAUCUGUCACACACCAGCACUUUAUACACUUCCGGCUCACAGGAGAACGUCUCGGGCAGGGGACUCGGAGGAUGUAACCAGAGUCCACCAGAGUCGCUUGCUUCGGGCAGGGGCCUUGUCUCUGACUAUUCUUUGUGGGGGGCAUAAAUAAAGGACACAGGCUCCAACGUGUGUGGCAGCUUCCUGUCUUUCCUGGUCCGUGUCUUAGCUGCCAGCUUGGAGUCCCAUCUCUUCGUUUCAAGUUGCCUGCCAGGCUGGCCCGUCUGCAAAGGCAGGACUCCUAGGCAGGCAAGCGGGCCAGCAGGGUGGAGACUUGGAUAAAGGAUGAGGUCAUGCCUGGCUCUGGG